AACCAACAGAUGGUGUGACUCUUCGUCUACUUCUUGUGUUUUGAUUAUACUGUAAUAAAAACACCAAAGGAUUGUUGUUUUGGUCGACCGGUUGACUGAUUGCUGAAGUUUUUUGUUUAAGUGAAACCCAAAUGCGGUGACAAAUAAUCGGUCGGUCGGUGGAUGUCUUGAGAUUUAGUUAGUUAUAGUUAGUUCAAGUGACUAGUGAUAUGAUGAUCACCCGAUUGUUUGUACCGACGGUGCUGAUGGUGAUGAUGAUGGCUAUAACCGCCGAUUCCGCCACUCCUACCGAUGACCAAUUGUCACAGUUUAUGCAAUCCGGCGGCGAUCACAGUAACAAUUGGGCAGUUUUGGUGUGCGCCUCCCGAUACUGGUUCAACUAUCGCCAUGUGGCCAAUGUCCUAUCAAUUUACCGCAGUGUCAAACGACUGGGCAUUCCGGACAGUCGUAUCAUUUUGAUGGUAGCCGACGAUAUGGCUUGCGAUGCCAGAAACCCGAAGGCGGCCACCAUUUACAACAACGGACAACACUAUAUCAAUGUCUACGGCGACGACGUUGAGGUCGACUAUAGAGGCUAUGAGGUGACCGUCCAUAACGUAAUCCGUUUGCUUACCGGUCGGGUACGCGACGGUACGCCCAAAACCAAACAACUACUAACCGAUUCGGGUAGUAAUGUACUCAUUUAUAUGACCGGUCACGGAGGCGACGGAUUUCUCAAGUUUCAGGACUCCGAAGAGAUAACAUCGGUUGAAUUGGCCGACGCUUUCGAGCAAAUGUGGCAAAAGAGGCGCUACAACGAAAUCCUGUUGAUAGUGGACACCUGUCAGGCCGAGUCUCUGUCGCAGAAAAUCUAUUCGCCAAAUAUUGUGGCCAUCGGUAGCUCAAAAGUGGGCGAAGAUUCCCUAUCACAUCACGGCGAUCCGACUAUCGGUGUCUACGUUAUCGACCGCUACACCUACUAUGCCCUUGAAUUUCUCGAAAAAGUCCAAAUCGGUAGCGACCAAACAUUGGCACAGUUUAUGGCCGUAUGUCCGAAACGUGUAUGCAUAUCGACGGUAAGCGUCAAUACCGAAAACUAUCGCCGCCGCGAUCCCAGUCAGGUUCCGCUCAACGAUUUUUUCGGUAACGUUGCCGCCAUUGACCUCAUUGUAUUGGACAACCAGACAAAUGUCGAUUCAAUUGCUAUCAACAACAACAACAACAACGAUGACAAUAAUAACAACAACAACAACGACAACAAUAUAAGUGAAUAUAAAUUAGAGGCCAAACAAGUGGACCAUCGCUACCAUUAUGUCGACGCCUUUCCGUUUUCAUUAUUAUAGUCAUUAUUAUUAUAAUUAUAAUUAUUAUUAUUAAUC